AUGGGCUCGCCCGAAGGAAUACAGAAACAGGCAGAAAAUCUGUAUGGUCAGAAAAAAUACAAGGAGGCCGAAAAGCUGUUCGACGAGGUAGUACAUUAUCGGGAGACGACCCUCGGCAAGGACCAUAAACGCACGCAUUUCAGCAAGGAUCGGCUGGCACAGACGCUAUAUCAUCAGGGAAAAUAUCAGGAGGCAGAGAAAAUGUACUACCAGCUAGUACAGGGACAUGAGAGGGCCCUCGACAAGGACCAUGAACACACGCUUACCGGCAAAUAUUUGCUGGCACAGACGCUUUAUCGGCAGGGAAAGUACCAGGAGGCACAGAGGACAUUCCAAGAGCUAACAGAUACCCGUGAGAAAACUCUGGGCAAGGACCACGAACAUACGCUUACCGGCAAAUCCUGGCUGGCACGGACGCUAUAUCAGCAGGGAAAGUACCAUGAGGCACGGAGGAUAUUCCAAGAGCUAGCAGAUACCCGUGAGAGAACUCUGGGCAAGGACCACGAACAUACGCUUACCGGAAAAUCCUGGAUGGCACAAACGCUAUAUCAGCAGGGAAAGUACCAGGAGGCACAGAGUAUAUUCCAAGAGCUAGCAAAUACCCGUGAGAGAACUCUGGGCAAGGGCCAUGAAGAUACCCUUGCCAGCAAUCAACGAUUAUUUCAGACAAAAUUGGCUGAGCGGCAAGAGUCCCAGAAGGCUGGAAAGCCAUUCGAUAGAACAGUAUACGGACAGGAGAAGAUAACAGGCAAGUACCAUGGGGACACACCUAAUAGUCAACAGCUAACGUAG